UCAAGGGAGGAGAGAGAGAGAGAGAAAGAGAGAGAGAGAGAGGCACUGUAUAAAAGGAGCUCCCUUGAGAUUUCUGAAAGUCAUACAAAAACAUCAUAGGUAAGGAAACUUACCUGAUUUGGCAUCUGAUUUUUAGUGAUGGACCCAGAAGCAACCUCGGCUUAUUUUGAUUACUACUAUGCUGCAAGCCCAAACCCCGAUAUCAAGGAGCCCCGCUUCCAGGUUCCUUACACCUCUGUCUUCCUUCCUGUCUUUUACACGGCUGUGUUCCUGACUGGAGUGUUGGGAAACUUCAUCCUCAUGGGUGCAUUGCAUUUCAAACGAGGCAGCCGAAGACUGAUCGACAUCUUUAUCAUCAACCUGGCUGCCUCCGACUUCAUUUUCCUUGUCACACUGCCUCUCUGGGUGGAUAAAGAAGCAUCUCUAGGACUGUGGAGGACAGGCUCUUUCCUGUGCAAAGGCAGCUCCUACAUAAUCUCCGUCAACAUGCACUGCAGUGUCUUUUUGCUCACUUGCAUGAGUGUUGACCGCUACCUGGCCAUCGUGUGCCCAGCCGUAUCCAGGAAGUUCAGAAGGAGAGACUGGGCAUAUGGAGUCUGUGCCAGCAUCUGGUUUAUCUCCUGCCUCCUGGGGUUGCCUGCUCUUCUAUCCAGGGAGCUCACGCUGAUUGAGGAUAAGCUGUACUGUGCAGAGAAGAAGGCCCCUUCCGUUAAACUGACAUGGUCUUUGGUGGCCUUAAUUUUCACCUUUUUUGUCCCCCUGCUGAGCAUUGUGACCUGCUACUGUGGUAUCGCAAAGAAGCUGUAUGCUCAUUACCAGCAGUCAGGAAAGCAUAACAAAAAACUGAAGAAAUCCAUCAAGAUCAUCUUUACUGUCGUGGCAGCCUUUGUCUUCUCCUGGUUGCCCUUUAACAUUUUCAAGUUCCUGGCCAUCGUCUCUGGGUUGCAGCAAGAACCCUAUUUUCCCUCAGCCGUUCUUCAGCUGGGCAUGGAGGUGAGUGGGCCUUUGGCUUUUGCCAACAGCUGUGUCAACCCUUUCAUUUACUAUAUCUUUGACAGCUAUAUCCGCCGGGCAAUUGUGCGGUGCUGGUGCCCUUGCCUGAAGAACUAUGACUUUGGAAGCAGCACGGAGACAUCUGAUAGUCACCUCACUAAGGCUCUUUCCAAUUUCAUUCAUGCAGAGGAUUAUGCCAGAAGAAGGAAGAGGUCUGUGUCACUCUGAAAAUAAACUGUGACAUUUCAAGCUCUGUU